UUCAUCCACGGUCACAACUCUAUCACACUUGCAAGAUCAAAAUCCAACGUUGAAGCAAAGCUAACCUUGAAACCUUGUACACCAAAACUGAAACAACCGUCUUUGGUGGUAUUUUGUUCUGACUCUGUUGUUCUUGUGAAGAGUAACCCAAUAGCAUCAUUGACAUUGCUGUGGAUGACGACGAAAGUGAUGGAGGUGGUGAAAGGUCUGGACUUGAAGCGGUACAUGGGACGGUGGUACGAGAUUGCGUGUUUUCCGUCGAGGUUUCAGCCCAGUGACGGCGUCAACACAAGAGCCACCUACACUUUGGGCGAUGACGGCACUGUGAGAGUUCUGAAUGAAACUUGGAGCGGUGGGAAAAGAAGCUUCAUCGAGGGCACUGCUCAUAAGGCAGAUCCCGAUAGUGAUGAGGCCAAAUUGAAGGUCAGGUUUUGGGUUCCUCCUUUCUUACCCGUCAUUCCUGUUACUGGGGAUUACUGGGUUUUGUUCAUCGAUCCUGAUUAUCAGUAUGCUCUCAUUGGCCAACCUAGCAGGAGUUAUCUUUGGAUAUUGUCGAGGAAGAAUGAAAUGGAUGAGGAAAUUUACAAGGAGCUUGUUAAGAGAGCCAAGGAUGAGGGCUAUGAUGUGAGCAGACUCCACAAGACUCCACACACGAAUCCUCCACCUGAGAGAGAAGGUCCUGAGGACACCAAAGGCGUUUGGUGGUUCAAGUCCCUUCUGGGGAAAUAGUAAUUAUAUCUGAAGGUGAAAGAGAGUGUUUCAUAUCAGUAAUAAAAGUAAAUGCAAAAUAUACCAAGGUCAUGAUGAUGAUGAUGAUAUGAACUUUGUAAAGUUUAUCGUUGAUGUUCUUAUUGUGUUUGUUUUUAGUUGUUCUUGGUGAGAA